CUACCGAUAGUAUUACGAGUACUAUAUAUAAAAAUACCAGUUAAGACUUCCGUGAGCUGUGGCUUGUGUAUGUCUAGAUAUUGGUCACAGAGAAUUGGUAGGUUUUUCAUUUCUCAUCUCCGCGCUACUACAGCAAGAACAUUCCAUUCUUCCUCAUCAAUGGCAUACAGUACUUAUUACAGUAGCACAGAAACAACUGUAAUAGAACAAAGAUUUCGUUUUCUCGAAAGCACUGUUAGCAGCCAAGGCGAACGCAUAAGUAAACUGGAAGAGGAAAUGGGAACCAUAUUGAGCUCCCAAAACACAAGAUAUGACUGUCAGAACUGUGACAAAAUGAAGAGAGAGACUGAAUGGAAAAUCAAGACAUAUGAGGGAAAACUUGAAGAAGGCAGAAAAAGAGAUCAAAUGUAUGAAGAGGAGCUAGAAAAUACAAAGAAGCAGCUUCAAGCGGCUGAGAAAUAUAAUAAAGAGUUUGAUGAUUUCAGAAGAAGGAUGCAGAAUAACAUUUCUCUGGAAAUAGACCGUGAUGGUUACCUGUCAGAAAACAUAAAUGACCCAUGCAGGGAAACUGAAUUAGUUAAAAAAUAUGAUCUGCUAAAACCUCAGGUUCGGAAACACAUAGUGGAAGGGAAACACUGGGAAACUAAACUUAACAUCAUAAAGAGUGCUUUUGAUGCUUCCCAAAAAGAUAUGGACGAAAGGUUAAAACUCAUAAAGCAAGCAUUCAGUACUCCAAAGGACAGUGCAGUGGCCGAUCAAAAGUUUUCAGAUGGUGCUUUGGAAGCAGUAAAAAGUCUACAGAAAAGCUUCUUCAGGUGUAGCAGUAGCAUCUGGCUUGAUUUGACAAAGGAGAUGAUUCCAAAACAUCGUCAUGCGAGUGACAUUACUGAAUCAUUUAAGACACUGGUUGCUGAGUGCUACUGUUUGAGCUGUUUGAUGGCCCUGAGUAAUCCACGACUGGAGGUUGUCUGGGAUGACGAUAUGAAAUCCAAUAAUGUAUGCAUCUUUCCAGCAGUUUAUAGUGCCAAAGUGCUUAGAAGUCCUGCUGAAGUUGCCAAAAGGACCUAUUAGCUUAUUAUAUAGCUAAUAGCUAUAAUUCACUAUUUGAAAUGUAAUUGACCAGUUAUAUUUUAAAUUGUCAUUACUGAUUGUAAAGAAUACUUUUAAAUCAAUGUUUAUAUUAAGCAUUUACGAUAUCUAAAACCUAAAAGAAAUAGUAAAAUAUGCAUAUAUAGAGUAGUAUAUACCAAUAGAAUGUCUUGUAAAAAAUCUUAUUUCUAAAUACACAUGGCUGAAAUUUAUUCAACCUGGCUUAAUAUAAAAAUGAUCAUAAAUGUAAUCUUGAAAUAUUUGUAGUCAUUGUGUAGUUUUAAUAAAUGCCACUUUGUA